GCGUUCAUAUAGGAUAUGUUACAUGCAUUACAUAAAAAGAUAGGGGAAAAGGACUACACGCGGAAGGCGCGGAAUAAUCGCUACUGUAAUUUUUUACAAGGAUUCACUGCAAGAGAGAAGACAAUGCGGGGUUUACUUGCUUACACUUUCGUCGUGUUGUGCUUUGUUUCCGGCAGUAUUGGGAAAAAGGGCUUUGGUCCUGGGGAACAAGAAUGGAAUUUCGUUAAAGUGCGCGACAGGUCUUUUAUGUUCUGGUGGCUCUAUUACACUACGGCAAACGUUAAUUCAUACUACGAUAGACCUUUGCUCAUCUGGUUGCAAGGUGGACCAGGCGAAUCUUCGACGAGUUAUGGAAAUUUCGAGGAACUGGGGCCCCUUGAUGUGAAUCUGACCCCGAGAAAUUAUACUUGGGUCAAGGACUAUAAUGUUCUCUUCAUCGAUAGUCCUGUUGGUACCGGUUUCAGUUACGCUCACAUCGAGGCUCGAUUCACGAAAGCAAACGAGCAGAUCGCGAAGGAUCUUGUAGAAUGUAUGCGAGGCUUCUAUAAGGAAUUACCGCAAUUCGAGAAUGUCCCGGCGUACAUCACGACCGAAACGUAUGGCGGAAAAAUGGGCGCAGAGUUCGCGUUACUCUGGGAUAAAGCUCAGAAAAAUGGCACUAUCAAGAGUAAUCUAAAGGGAAUUGCACUCGGAGAUGCUUGGAUCUCUCCUAUUGACUCCGUUUUGACAUGGGCACCAUAUCUACUCAACGCGGGUGUUGUGGACACAGAAGGUUUUAAAAGAAUUGAUGCUGCAGCACAAAAAGCAAAAAAAAUGGCCGACGGUGGCGCCUGGACUGCGGCAUAUGAAGAGUAUAUUAAAACGCAAAAUGUCAUUCUCCAGGAGACUUACGAUAUUAAUUUUUACAAUAUUCUUACAAAGGUGAAAUGGGUUGAACCAAUCUCACAAAGACAUUCGGGUUUAUCAACGUGGGAUACGUUCUUAUCUAGAAGCACCGUGCAUCCAAAUUUUAAUCAGAAUGACUCUACCUCACUCAAAGAUUUAAUGAAUGGCGCGGUAAGAGAAACGCUUAAUAUCACAACUAGAUAUAUGCACGGCGAGCAAUCCAGCAAAGUUUUCUACUACUUAAAGGGAGAUUUUAUGAAGCCCGUUACUCAUAUAGUGGAAAGACUACUUAAUGAGACCACGUUGAACGUAUUUGUGUACAAUGGACAAUUUGAUUUAAUUGUCAAUACACUGGGCACCGUUCUGUGGAUUGACAAACUGAAAUGGGAAAAUGCCGACAGAUGGAAAAAUUCACAAACGCGUCCGAUUACCAUCGCUAAUGUUAUUCAAGGCUACUCUAAAGUUCAAGAUAAUUUCGGGAUGUAUUGGGUCCACAGAGCUGGACAUAUGGUACCGAGGGACCAUCCGGCAGUCCAGAAAAGAAUAUUGCAGGAUUUGACAAGCAACGCAUAUUAUGAAGAAAAGCGAAACCUGAUGCUUUUGAGCAAGGUGGAGUGUCUCAUGAGUCAAAUCUUCGGAAAUUUUCUAUACAACUGCUUUUUACAAGGUGUUACUGCAAGAGAGAAGACAAUGCGGGGCUUACUUGCUUACACUUUCGCCGUGUUGUGCUUUGUUUCCGGCAGUAUUGGAAAAAAGGGAUUUGGCGCUGGCGAACAAGAAUGGAAUUACGUUCAAGUGCGCCCCCAAGCGUACAUGUUCUGGUGGCUUUACUAUACUACGGCAAACGUGGAUUCGUAUUAUGAUAGACCUUUAAUCAUCUGGUUGCAAGGUGGACCAGGCGGAUCUUCGACGAGUUAUGGAAAUUUCGAGGAAAUAGGACCUGUCGAUGUGAAUCUGAAUCCGAGGAAUUAUACUUGGGUCAAGAACUAUAAUGUUCUCUUCAUCGAUAACCCUGUUGGUACCGGCUUCAGUUAUGUUCAAACCGAGAUAGCAUUUACGAAGACAAACGAACAGAUAGCGAGGGAUCUUGUAGAAUGUAUGCGAGGCUUCUACAAGGAAUUACCGGAAUUCGAGGAUGUCCCGACGUACAUCACGACCGAAUCGUACGGCGGAAAAAUGGGCGCAGAGUUCGCGUUACUUUGGGAUCAAGCUCAAAAAAGUGGCACCAUCAAGAGCAAUCUAAAGGGAGUCGCACUUGGGGACUCCUGGAUAUCGCCUAUCGAUUCCGUAUUGACAUGGGCACCAUUUUUACUCGGCUGGGGAUUGAUUGACACAAAAGGUUUCGAAGCAAUUGACGCUGCAGCACAAAUAACGAGAAGGAAGGUUGAGUUUGGCAGCUGGGUUGCAGCGACUCAAGCGUGGUCUAAUACGGAAGGGGUCGUUAUCGAGCAGACUUACAAUAUUGAUUUUUAUAAUAUUCUUACGAAGCUGAGUCCAUCCUUCCAACGCAAUCUAUACCAUUCGUCGACACAAGAUCCAUGGUUCUCAUCUAGAGGCACCAUGUAUCCAUAUCUCGAUCAAUCUGAGGCUUUCUCACUCGAUAAUUUAAUGAACGGCCCGGUAAGGGAAGCGCUUGGUAUCGAAGUCACUCACGGUGCUCAAUCCAACGAUGUUUUCUACUACUUACGCGGAGAUUUUAUGAAACCCGUUAUACACAUAGUGGAAAGAUUACUUAACGAAACCGAGUUGAACGUAUUUGUGUACAAUGGACAAUUGGAUUUAAUUGUCGAUACACCGGGCACCCAACUCUGGGUCGACAAAUUGAAAUGGAAAAAUGCUGAUAAAUGGAAAAACUCAAUUAAGUAUCCGAUCCUCAUCAAAGACAUCGUCGAAGGCUAUUUGAAGGUUCAAGAUAACUUCAGGAUGUAUUGGGUCAAUAGAGCCGGACAUAUGGUACCGAAGGAUCAUCCAGCAGUUCAGGACAUAAUACUACAGGAUUUGACAAGCAACGCAAACAAGUGAAGAAAAUUAUACUUUAUAUAAAUAUUUUGAUAUUAACACAAUUUAAAUUGAGAAAGUGCUAAUAUAAUACAUGAUCACAGCAAUGUGGACAAUAAUA